AUGGACCGCGAAACUUGGAAGAAAUCUCCCUUGACACGCAAGGAAAAGGUGCAUACCCAAAUCUUUGCGAACGCGGCUCAAGCCAGUCGUCUGAUUGCGGAAGAAAUUGCUGCUUUGAUUCGAGAUAAAGCAGACAAGAAACAAAAGGCGGUCUUGGGUUUGGCCACAGGAUCCUCCCCACUGGGAGUGUACAAGGAACUCAUUCGCAUGCACAAAGAAGAGGGAUUGAGUUUCCAAAAUGUCAUUACGUUCAACUUGGACGAAUACUAUCCCAUGCAACCAACGUCACUGCAAAGUUAUGUGAGAUUCAUGAAGGAGAAUCUGUUUGAUGAAAUUGAUAUUCCUCCUGAUAAUGUCCACAUCCCCGACGGUACUCUACCACGGGAUAAGGUAGCCGAGUUUUGUGCCGAGUACGAACGAUUGAUCACCGACGCCGGUGGUUUGGACUUGCAAAUCUUGGGUAUUGGCCGAACUGGGCACAUUGGUUUCAAUGAACCCGGAUCGCCGUUGGAUUCAUCUACACGUUUGGUGACUCUGGAUUAUGUCACGAGAACCGAUGCCGCCAGUGAUUUCUUUGGUCAAGAAAAUGUCCCCCGCAAGGCCAUCACCAUGGGCAUUGGGGCCAUUAUGAAAUCCAAACGAUGCAUUCUCAUGGCUUGGGGCGAAAACAAGGCUCGGAUUGUACAAAAGGCGAUUGAAGGUGAACUCAGUGAGCAGGUACCCGCCACAUAUCUACAACAGCAUCCCAACACACUCUAUGUCUUGGAGGAAUCCGCCAGCACUGAAUUGAGUCGAGUGCAACGUCCUUGGUGUUUUGUCCCGAUCGAUUGGACCAGUCAAACCACCACCAAAAAAGCCGUCAUUUGGCUGGCCAAAAAGCUGGGCAAAGCAGUGUUGAAGUUGACCGAUCGAGAUUACAUGGACAAUGGCAUGAGUGAUCUUAUUCUGGAUCAAGAUUCAGCCUACAACAUCAACAUUCGUGUCUUCAAAUUGUUGCAACGAACCAUUACAGGAUGGCCCGGCGGCAAACCCAAUGUCGAUGAUACCCAUCGACCUGAACGAAAGGAUCCAGCACAGAAGCGAGUAUUGAUCUUUUCACCUCAUCCCGAUGACGAUGUCAUUUCCAUGGGUGGGACGUUUCAACGGUUGGUCGACCAAGGUCAUGAAGUCUACACGGCUUAUCAGACCAGUGGCAACAUUGCCGUGUUUGACGAUGAUGUCAUGAGAUUUGCGGAUUUUGUAGCCGACAUUCGCCAGCAAGAGGAGGAGAAAACCAAUGGACACGACACUCUCUACCAUCGCGUGGUCAAAUCCAUACGCAGCAAACAACCGGGUGAUAUUGAUAGCGACGAAGUCUUAAACGUCAAGGCGCUCAUUCGAAAGAGCGAAGCACGAGCGGCGUGUCGCUACGUGGGUGUCCCGGAUGAAAGGAUUCAUUUUUUGAACUUGCCCUUCUACGAGACUGGUACUGUCAAAAAGCGUCCUCCCGGUGAACAAGACUUUCAAAUCGUCUGCGAUCUGAUUCAACAAAUACAGCCUCACCAGAUCUAUGCCGCUGGAGAUUUGAGUGAUCCUCAUGGAACGCAUCGGGUCUGCCUGCAAGUUAUCUUUGAGUCUAUCGACCGUCUGAAACAGUCGGGUGCUCUGAAUCAGGAUGACUGUUGGGUCUGGCUUUACCGAGGUGCGUGGCAGGAGUACCCCAUGGACGAGAUUGACAUGGCCGUGCCACUGAGCCCGGACGAAGUGACAGGAAAGCGCCGGGCAAUCUUUAAACAUCAGAGCCAAAAGGACACGGCCCUGUUUCCCGGUGCGGAUCCACGAGAGUUCUGGCAACGAGCAGAAGCUCGCAAUGCUCAGCUAGCGCAGGAUUAUGAUGAGCUGGGCCUUCCCGAGUAUGCUGCAAUGGAGGCUUUCAAACGCUACCACUAUUGA